GUCGAUGCGAAACGUUCCGCAGGAGUUGAAGCUGUGUGAGGCGACGUGCGCACGACACGUAUCAGCUGAUAGCUACGUAUUAUCUAUAGUGCAUGUAGACCAAGCGGAAUUGGAAAUCAUGUCCGCGUGGGAUUGCGUCAUUCUUUUAUCGUCGGCGUUCCUGCUUAUCGACAAAUGUGCUGAUUGUAACGGUACACAUCUCUCGUGUUACCGCUUUACAUAAGCAAUUUGAUUUAAACUACAACACGUGCAGCGCGUAACUCUCCGCGAGUUGCGCGGUCGUUUUUUUUUUUUACAAUUGCGAUGUUUACGCAACUCGAAGCAAUUUACAUCGAAUUUCUGAAUUUCAACAUCUUGCGGUUUUAAGACACGUGUGGUUUUUAUUUAAUGUUUAAUGUUUUUUAAAUAAAAACAAAAUCAUGACAAGUGUAAUGUUUCCAGUUGCGGCUAUUUUUUGUUUUACAAGUUUGCGUAAACGGUCUCCCGGUAAAAAAAUUUUCCACGUGUAUAAUUGUACGGACAUAUUGUACGGCAUUAUAAAUUUGCAUAAUUAGAUAGAAAUUAUUUUAAUUUGUGUAUAAGUAUACAUGAGAAACAUUUUUUAUACCGGGAGCUUUCACCUGUUGUUUCAGAAUAAAUUUCGAACAACAAUAUUGAAUUAAAAAAUUCAUUCACGUCGUGAAUUUUAUAUUGACGGUUGAACAAUGAUAAGAUGAUAAAACAAUAUUCUAUCGACGAUCUGAAGAGGCGAAUUCGAGAAAACACGCGAGUGUGCGCGCAAGUACGCGGUUUUUGAAAUAAAGUCUCUUUGUUCGUACUGUCGCAAAUUGAUCGAUAAUAUCGAUUCUUGGAAUCGUUUCAAUUCGAAUUUUCGCACCAACCGCGCCAACUUCUCGUCGUACACUUGGCGCAACGCGCGCUUGCAGGUUAUGUAAAACGCAACAAGGUUUAUGACCCGGCUAUCUUCUCCCGUCACGUCGCAGCAACCGCAUUACAUAAACAGUCCAUUAUGGCUAGCUCGAUCGAAAUGGUGUGCAACUAUCUCGGCAUCGACAAGAUCGACAUGUGCGGUAAGAUGAUUCUGAUCGAGGAGCAACACGGGACGAACGCGAACUUCUUGGUGAACGCCGUUCUGUCGAACGCGCUGAAGAGAAAAAACGCCGUUUGUCUCGUGCUUUGUCACAACACCUUGGGUCAUUAUCACAACGUCGGCAUGAGACUCGGUUACAACCUGUUGACUCUGAGAGAGAAGGGUCAGGUUGCCAUUGUCGAGCCUAUGAAAACUGUGGCCAGCUGUCUAGUCGCUGACACGUGCAACGACCCCGCGGACGGGGAAAGGAACAUACUUCCCGACGCCAAUUCCGAGAGACACGUUGACACAGUUUACAGACUGUUCACACACGUCAGAGAGAAGUACGAGGAAGCGGCCAGGUUCAGUGAAUCCGUUGUUCUUAUUAUCGACGAUAUAAAUCACCUUCUCGAUCUCGGCUUUGGUGUGCUGGACGUUAUGUAUUUCAUGAGGUAUCUGCGAUCGUUCAUGGCGUCGCGUUCGUUGUCGCAGCUUUGCGUUCUCGCACACGUCUAUCGCUGGGAUCCGGAGACCUCGAACGCGGACAUGAUCGCCAACGCUCUGAAGCACAUGGCACAUCUGUGCCUCACCGCCGAACCGUUCGAAACAGGUCAUUCCGGCGACACGUCCGGCGGCAAGUUGAUGAUUCACUGGAAGGUAGACUCGAUCAGAUUGAAGUAUCACUUGGCUGAGAUGACGGUGUACUUGUUCAAGUUGUUGGACUGGCAGAUUAGGAUCACUACACCCGGCGGAGUGGCUCCCUUCUCGUAGCAAAAACUUGUUCAUUUCUGUGC